GAAGCCACUUGCUUAACAAGUCCAAAGGUCAGCUAAGGUUUGGCUGAUAAAUAGAACCAGUAAAAGAAGGUCUUCAGCCCCCCAGCGUGAGUACAAUGGACCCUGGCAAGGCCCGCUCCGGGCCGAGCCUCCUGCUCCCCACGUCUGCCCCUCGGGCUCGCCCUCUCUCUCGGUUUUCCCCCCUCCCCACCAUCAUUUGCAUCCUGCCGAAAGCUGGGCCCUCCCCACUAAUUUGCAUAUCUUAUAUGGCCUAAUGGUGGCGAUCAUGGCAAGUUAGAAGUUUUCUGACUCCUCUCGGAGGAGACUCCGGGACCCCGGGGAGUAACAGGUGUUUGGAGGCUGAAGGGUGGAGGGGUUCCUGGAUUUGGGGGUUGCUUGUGGAACUCCCUUCCACCCUCUCUCGCACCCACCCACCCCCCUCAGCCCCUUCUUUUUUCGUCCUUGGAAAAUGGUGUCCAAGCUCACGUCGCUCCAGCAAGAACUCCUGAGCGCCCUGCUGAGCUCUGGGGUGGCCAAGGAGGUGCUGGUCCAGGCCUUGGAGGAGUUGCUGCCAUCCCCGAACUUCGGGGUGAAGCUGGAGACGUUGCCCCUGUCCCCCGGGAGCGGGGCCGAGCCCGACACCAAGCCGGUCUUCCAUACUCUCACCAACGGCCACUCCAAGGGCCGCUUGUCCGGGGACGAGGGCUCCGAGGACGGCGACGACUAUGACACCCCUCCCAUCCUCAAGGAGCUGCAGGCGCUCAACACCGAGGAGGCAGCGGAGCAGCGGGCAGAGGUGGACCGGAUGCUCAGUGAGGACCCUUGGAGGGCUGCCAAAAUGAUCAAGGGCUACAUGCAGCAACACAACAUCCCCCAGAGGGAGGUGGUCGAUGUCACCGGCCUGAACCAGUCACACCUCUCCCAGCAUCUCAACAAGGGCACCCCAAUGAAGACCCAGAAGCGCGCUGCCCUGUACACCUGGUACGUCAGAAAGCAACGGGAGAUCCUCCGACAAUUCAACCAGACAGUCCAGAGUUCUGGAAAUAUGACAGACAAAAGCAGUCAGGAUCAGCUGCUGUUUCUCUUUCCAGAGUUCAGUCAACAGAGCCAGGGGCCUGGGCAGUCCGAUGACGCCUGCUCUGAGCCCACCAACAAGAAGAUGCGCCGCAACCGGUUCAAAUGGGGUCCCGCAUCCCAGCAAAUCUUGUACCAGGCCUACGACCGGCAAAAGAACCCCAGCAAGGAAGAGAGAGAGGCCUUAGUGGAGGAAUGCAACAGGGCAGAAUGUUUGCAGCGAGGCGUGUCCCCCUCCAAAGCCCAUGGCCUGGGCUCCAACUUGGUCACUGAGGUCCGUGUCUACAAUUGGUUUGCAAACCGCAGGAAGGAGGAGGCGUUCCGGCAGAAGCUAGCCAUGGAUGCCUAUAGCUCCAACCAGACGCACAGCCUGAACCCCCUGCUCUCCCACGGCUCCCCCCACCACCAGCCCAGUGCCUCUCCUCCAAACAAGCUGUCAGGAGUGCGCUACAGCCAGCAGGGAAACAAUGAGGUCACUUCCUCCUCAACAAUCAGUCACCAUGGCAACAGUGCCAUGGUGACCAGCCCGUCAGUUUUACAGCAAGUCUCUCCAGCUAGCCUGGACCCCGGCCACAAUCUCCUCUCACCUGAUGUUAAAAUGAUCUCAGUCUCAGGAGGAGGUUUGCCCCCAGUCAGCACCUUGACGAAUAUCCACAGCCUCUCCCACCAUAAUCCCCAGCAAUCUCAAAACCUCAUCAUGACCCCCCUCUCUGGAGUCAUGGCCAUUGCACAAAGCCUCAACACCUCCCAAGCACAGAGCGUCCCUGUCAUCAACAGCGUGGCCGGCAGCCUGGCAGCCCUGCAGCCUGUCCAGUUCUCCCAGCAGCUGCACAGUCCUCACCAGCAACCUCUCAUGCAGCAGAGCCCAGGCAGCCACAUGGGCCAGCAGCCCUUCAUGGCCGCUGUGACUCAGCUGCAGAACUCACACAUGUAUGCACACAAGCAGGAACCCCCCCAGUAUUCCCACACCUCCCGGUUUCCAUCUGCGAUGGUGGUCACAGACACCAGCAGCAUCAGUACACUUACCAACAUGUCUUCCAGUAAACAGUGUCCUCUGCAAGCCUGGUGAUGCCCACACAUCACUUACUUUGUGCACAGCAACAAGGACCCUAUUUUCCACACCAUCACCCUCUGGGCAGCUGUCAUGGAAAAGCCCAGUGACCUGACAAGCACCUGUGAGAGGUCCCUGCUUACCUGACAUCCUGCUGGAGCCUCGGACAAUCCACUCUCAGGAGGCACAGCCUGGAGCCCAGCUUCCCUUCUAUGCAGUAUUGUCAUGAUGCCUCUCUGCUCCUCUGUGUCCUAGAAGUGGGAGGCAAGAAACCACGGAAGAGGAAGCGAGAAAGCAGUAGUGUCUACGUUGUGAUCCUUUGUCGAACAAACUGAUGCGAAAACUUGAAUCUGUUACUGAAACAAGGAGAGGAGGACGCAUGCUAUUGAGCUGAGCCAAACACACUGUAAAUAUCUGCAAACUCCCUCCCCUGUCCCCAUCCCAAAUGAUCUUGAGAUUUCUUUUAAAGAAGUAAAUUUGUCCAAUGGGUGUAAACUAUAAACUACUGUAAUUAAGUGCAAUUUCCCCUCCGUGUCUUCUCCCCUCUGCCCUGUACAUAAUACUAAAAUUGUCUAUUAGUUUUCUUUGUAAAAGUCAGAGUUGAAAUUUCAAAAGUGAUUUGUCCCUCUCUCUUCCCUCACGGAGAAACAUCCUAAGUGGGAAGUGAAUCCCCUUGCCCCCUCCCUCAGGCCUGGACAUGCACAGGAAUGGCAUACUUUGGACUAACUGCCAACUGACUCCGAUCUCCUGAUGUUAAGACACACUUCUGGAUCCUGGAGGGGCUGAUUAUAGUGUCAGAGUAACAUCCUAGCUUCCUGUGGGCCUAGGGGUUCAGCCGGUGCACCUCCAAGAAACCUCACGGCAGGGAAACUGGCUGUUUGAUAGCAAAAGAAAAAAUUGCGGUCUCAGAAAGCCUCCCAUUAAAACAACUUAUUUUAUCACUG